GUUUGAACUUUUUAUGACUUUUCGAGGUUAGGUUGCCAAAAUCAAAAUCUUUGCUAAUUUGAUAACUUUUUCUGAAAAUGUCUGUAGGAAUACCAGUUUUAGGCCUCGUUUCCCAUACGAGAAAAGUUCAGAGUUUAUAUAAAAGAGUAUUAAGAAAUUUGGAAAAUUAUUAUGAUAAAAGAGAAGUCUAUCGUUAUCAUGCUGUAAUUAUGAGGGCCGAAUUUGACAAAAAUAAAGACAUAAAAGAUAUAAGGGUCGCUAGGGAGUUACUCCAUCAAGGGGAAGAAAAUUUGUUUCAAAAAAUGCAUCCGAUACAAAAGAAAUUUCCAGAGUCUCCUGGUGGUGUAGCAUACGGUAGGGAGGUUCCAUCACCUGAUUGGGUCUUAGAUUAUUGGCACCCAUUGGAAAAGGCCCAAUACCCUGAAUAUUUUGCGAAGCGUGAAGAGAUGAAGAAAGAAUAUGUGAAAUUAUGGGAAAAACUAUAUAAAAAUGUGCCAGAUAAGAAGUUUCAUAAUUGAAUAAAAUUAAACGUUCUUCUUGAUAGGAAUGAUAGGACUAAAUGAAUAAAGCAUUGUGGUUAA